AUGUUUGGAGUCAGAGAGGUCAACAAGGAUCUGGUUCUCCUCCCCAACCUCACCCUUGGCUUCCACAUUUAUGACAAUCACAAGUUGAAGAGGACGAUUUCCUUAUUCAGUUUCUCCCUGCUCUGUGGACGUUACAAACUAGUUCCAGGUUAUGAAUGUGACAGGCAGGACACUCUGCUGUCUAUCAUUGGCGGUCUCGAUCCUAAAUCCUCAAGGCAGAUGGCCUCCAUCUUCAGCACAUUCAAAGUCCCCCAGCUACUCCUGCAUUUCCAGUGGAACUGGGUUGGACUUGUGGUCUCUAAAGAUGACAGUGGAGAACAUUUCAUCUCAUCUCUGAUGCCAAUGCUGAAGGAGGAGGAGAUCUGCGUAGCCUUCACUGCAAUGGUGACAACUGGCCGUCUUAGUAAACAGAAAGUUGGUGGAAUUGAUCCCAAGGCUCCCUCAGGCCAGGAUUUCACCAUUAACUCUGAUUCAGUCAUCUGGACUGCAAAGAAGCCAGUUUGCUGCUACCAAUGUGACCCUUGUCCAGAAGGAACCAUUUCUAAUCAGACAGAUUCAGCGCAGUGUGACCCUUGCCCAGAAGACCAACAUCCAAACCAGGAGAAGAAUCACUGCAUUGUGAAGAAGGUCCACUUCCUUGCCUAUCAAGACAACUUGGGAUACGUUUUAGUUUCUCUCACUCUUUUAUUCUCUGUGACUACAUCUGUAGUCCUUGUGGUUUUCCUUAAACAUCGUGACACACCAAUCGUCAAGGCCAACAACCGAGAUCUCACCUACAUCCUCCUGGUCUCCCUCCUCUUUUGCUUCCUCUGCUCCUUCCUCUUCAUUGGUCGACCAGGGACCAUCACCUGUCUCUUACGACAAACUGCCUUUGCCAUUCUCUUUUCUCUUGCAGUUUCCUCUGUCUUGGCAAAAACUGUCAUGGUGGUUUUGGCCUUCAUGGCCACCAAGCCUGGAAACAGGGCAAGGAAACUCUUAGGAAAACCACUGACCAAUUCCAUUGUAUUAGCCUGCCCCCUAAUCCAAGCCGUUCUUUGUAUCACCUGGCUGGUAACUUCUCCCCCAUUUCCCAACAUGGACUUCCACUCCUUGGUAGGAGAGGCCAUCUUGGAAUGUAAAGAAGGCUCAGCUUUCAUGUUUUAUACUGUCCUUGCAUACCUGGGUUUCCUGGCCUUCGUCAGUUUCUCUGUGGCCUUUCUGGCUAGGAAAUUGCCUGACAGCUUUAAUGAAGCCAAGUUCAUAACUUUCAGCAUGCUGGUCUUUUGCAGUGUUUGGAUCUCCUUCCUCCCCACCUACCUGAGCACCAAAGGGAAGUCCAUGGUGGCCGUGGAGAUCUUCUCCAUCUUGGCCUCUGGGGCUGGUCUCUUGGCUUGCAUCUUUUUCCCCAAAUGCUACAUUAUCCUACUUAAACCCAGUCUGAAUUGUAAGGAAAAUAUAAUGAGGCACAAUAAUUUCUGA